GCCACCCACAAUGAAGAACUUUUGGUACAGCAAGAAUUGUAUAGUGUCGGCUCACGUAAGCAUGUUCCAAUCAAGACAUCUGCUGUGGCACUUGGUGCCAUGGAUUUCCCAUUCUGCACAAGUUGCGCCAAUUUUGGGCCCAGGAACAUGGCGACAUGUGGCCCGUGAGCAGGCAAUUUCAAAGACCUGGCGUCCUUUUUUGGGAUUUCGCGAUCGGCCAUCCCCCAUACUUUUGGGGCAUAGAAAGCUGAGUGAUUUUGUUUGCUAUGGCUCGACAGUGGCAGGCUUGCAUUGCUGCUGCAUUUGAGGUCUGCUGGGCCGCAUUGACAGUCCCUUACUGAUUCCUUUCGUACUCGUAUUGAAAUGAACAACGGUAAAAUCACUGCAGACAUAAAAUGGUGGCGGGUGGUGUUUCCUAUAUGACUUCGAAAUCUGAAUAUUGGAUCAUUUGGGCUUAAUGCUGUCCGGGGAGAAGUGCACAGGGUGCAAGAUUCACCCCAGGAAAUUGAAGUGAUGACAUGCCACUUUGAUGGAGUGUGAGGGAUUUUUGGCUCCAACAGUGUGUUGAAACCCUCUGGUGGGGGAGUUGUACAAUCAGAGAUAUCACAGGUGUGCUUUACCGCCAGUUCUCUGGCGUUCUAUAACUUAGAUGGCAUCUUUGGAGCAAUAGCAUGUCGAUGGUGUGUUGACUGUAGGGUGACUUUGUGAGACUCUAGACCUACGACCCUGACGGUAAUCACAACAUGUGCGCAUAUGGAAUCUACUUAAAUCCAUGCAAUGAGCAGCUUGCUUGUCCUCUUUGUAAUGAAUUGGC